GUCGCAGCGGCCGCCAUUAUCUCCACCCUCGAGCCGUUGGCCGCUUCGCGCACUUCUCCUUCUCCUUCCGCCGGCUCGCGCUGAGGAAGACGCCGCUGUAGCUGCUUCGCUCUCCGCGAAAGAACAACCAGGCCUCCCCCCUUCUUCGCUUCGCCGCCUCCUUUCCCGUUCCUAUUUAAUUAUUAUUCUUUAUUAACAACCUCCCUUUGUCGGCCGAAAAUGCCUCGCGGAGACCGGGAGAGCGACUGGGUGAGUGAGAGGGAAAAGGAGCAGUUCCGUAAAUUAUUCAUUGGUGGCCUAAGCUUCGAAACUACAGAAGAAAGUCUGAGAAACUACUAUGAACAAUGGGGAAAGCUAACAGAUUGUGUGGUAAUGAGAGACCCUGCAAGCAAACGUUCACGAGGAUUUGGUUUUGUGACAUUCUCUUCCAUGGCUGAAGUUGAUGCAGCAAUGGCUGCCAGGCCUCAUUCAAUUGAUGGAAGAGUAGUUGAGCCUAAAAGAGCUGUAGCCAGAGAGGAAUCCGGAAAACCUGGAGCUCAUGUUACUGUGAAAAAGUUAUUUGUUGGUGGAAUUAAAGAAGAUACUGAGGAACAUCACCUUAGAGACUACUUCUCAGAAUAUGGAAAAAUAGACACAAUUGAAAUAAUUACUGACAGGCAGUCUGGCAAAAAGAGAGGCUUUGGAUUUGUAACUUUUGAUGACCAUGACCCUGUGGAUAAGAUUGUGUUGCAGAAAUACCAUACAAUCAAUGGUCAUAAUGCUGAAGUAAGAAAAGCUUUAUCUAGACAAGAAAUGCAAGAAGUUCAAAGUUCAAGGAGUGGGCGAGGAGGUAACUUUGGCUUUGGAGACUCGCGUGGAGGUGGUGGAAACUUUGGUCCAGGACCAGGAAGUAACUUCCGAGGUGGCUCUGAUGGUUAUGGAGGUGGCCGAGGAUUUGGUGAUGGUUACAAUGGAUAUGGUGGGGGACCAGGAGGGGGCAAUUUCGGAGGCAGUCCUGGAUAUGGAGGAGGAAGAGGAGGAUAUGGUGGUGGAGGACCUGGAUAUGGCAAUCAGGGUGGGGGCUACGGAGGCGGCUAUGACAACUAUGGAGGAGGCAAUUAUGGAGGAGGAAAUUACAAUGACUUUGGAAAUUACAACCAGCAGCCCUCAAACUAUGGUCCAAUGAAGAGUGGAAAUUUUGGUGGAAGUAGGAACAUGGGAGGGCCAUAUGGUGGAGGGAACUAUGGUCCUGGAGGAAGUGGAGGAAGUGGGGGAUAUGGAGGGAGGAGUCGUUACUGAAUUUCUGAAAGCUUUUCAUGGGCUUCACUGUAUAAAUAGGAGAGGAUGAGCCCAGAGGUAACAGAACAGCUUCAGGUUUUCGAAAUAACAUUGUUAAGGAAACACUUAUCUCAGUCAUGCAUAAAUAUGCAGUGGUAUGGCAGAAGACACCAGAGCAGAUGCAGAGAGCCAUUUUGUGAAUGGAUUGGAUUAUUUAAUAACAUACCUUACCGUGGAGGAAGGAUUGUAAAAAUGCCUUUGAGACAGUUUCUUAGCUUUUUAAUUGUUGUUUCUUUCUAGUGGUCUUUGUAAGAGUGUAGAAGCAUUCCUUUGAUAAUGUUAAAUUUGUAAGUUUCAGGUGACAUGUGAAACCUUUUUUAAAAAAAAUUCUCAAAGUUUUGAAAAGCUAUUAGCCAGGAUCAUGGUGUAAUAAGACAUAACGUUUUCCUUUUAAAAAUUUAAGUGCGUGUGUAGAGUUAAGAAGCUGUUGUACAUUUAUGAUUUAAUAAAAUAAUUCUAAAGGAAAUGUUGUGUAAUUAUAGAUUUAUUUAAAGUACAUUGUAAAUUAAGGCAAGGAGUGGGUAGUAGAAGGUCCCACCAAUACUACAAAGUUACUGUUGUACAUGUACAAUGUUGGUCAGAUAAUGUGUUCUGUAAAUCACCAGGUUUAAAGUAUCUAGAUAACUUAAGGGAUAUCUCUGCAAGGAGAAACACCUUUUUAGAUCUUUUAGAUGCUGCUUCUUCAAUGGCAAGGAAAGGAAAUAUCCCCAGCGAGGUACUCUUCCAGGGACACAGGUCUAGUGCAAGAGAACUCUUGAGAACGGCACUAAGUUCAGCCAGUCUUAAAAAGCUGUGCUGUACUUCUGCAAAGCUUUAACUACAGUAGUUUUAAGGAUGCCAACGAAAGCUGAGGGUGUAGAGCAAAAUAGUUCUAAGCUUCAGUUAAACUUCUUUAGGUAAGAUCUUAUUUACUUUUUCUUUCUUAAUAUUCCGAAAAACAAGAAACUAAUACUAUAUGACAGUGUACUGUUUGAGUAUAGUGGUUAUAUUAUUUAGUUUAACAUAGCAAUGAACCAAGUUAACAAUUAUUGGAAAAUUAAGAAAUUCUAUUUUUGUUUGUUUGGGGGUGUGGGGUUUUGUUAUGUUUUUGUUGUUGUUUUUGUUUUGCUAUUACAUUUUCAUUUACUUUAAUUUCAGCUGCUUAACCUAUCUUUUCCCCUACUGGAAUCUAGCUUUAUGCAUCAUGGACAAGCAAUAGACCUGCUGAGCAAAUGAACCAGCCAAGUGUCCAUUAAUGCUUUGCAAGGGUUCGGUCCCUGCAAUGGUUAGUUAAAUGGAAGGUGCCAGGCUGCAGGUAACUAAUGAAGAAGUGGUCAACCACAGAAACCUCAAGAAAUAAGAUAUUUCUAUUGUCAUCACAAAAUACUUGGUUUUACUGGUUUUAUUAACUUUUGGAGGUUAAAUAAAUACUGCAGCCUUCUGUGUAAUGCUUUUAAACAUACAGCUACAACUGUUUAUAGAAUUCAUUCUGGCUAGGAAAUCGAGAGUAAUGUGACGGUAAAUACUGUUAUUAUAUUUUUAUACGUGAUAAUAAAAUUUUAUACAAAAAUA